CGGCAAAAGUGGCAACAACCUCAAGCCAGCUGGCACAACUUGCUAACAAAUGUAAACCAAACGUGUGACGGCGCGGUCGAACAACGCAGACCAGAGCGCAUGCGCAACCAUCACAAGAAAAUACCAGCAAAUAAACGAAACAACAAAAUAUUUUGUGCUUGCCAGCGAAAAGACAGUGCAAAGGCACACGCGAAAAGUACUUGUAAAGAGCGAAGAAAUGAAAGCAAAAGUGAAAUAUUAAUAAAAACAAAAGCAACAACAAAAGUUAACAACAAUAAGCACAUUGUCUGUGAAGCGCGGUUACGUGAGCAACGUUUGCACGGUUCACUUCCGGCACGCGGGAUUUUUCGCUUUUUUGGGGCAUAUGCUUGAAUAAGUGCAGUUAUUGUGUAGUACGUGUAAAUAAAAGAAACCGACGGUGUAAUAUACGCAUAUUAAUAAAAAUAAAUAAGAUAAAUUAAGUUUGAAGAAAGUGUUGUGGCGCGGAAAAUCGCAGCAUAAGCCGCUCUAGUGGGACGUUGUUUCAUAUUUAGUAGGCUCAUAAAGCCCACAUGCAAGACAUGAAAGAAAAGUGAAAGAUUACAUAUGGAAAAUUGGUGCAUGAAGUAGUGAAACAGUAUAACGCGACAACACCGCACACCGACAGCCGCUGUGGAACACCAAAUCAACAUAAUCCGCUCAGGACGCUAAAGACGCUGCGACGGCAGCCAAGGAAUGCUGUGACGCUGCAUAAUCAGGAAAAAUUAAAUUUGCGCUAAAAGCAGAGGUUGGUGGGAGUGUCCCGAUAUCCAUAAAGCAGUGUUAGAAGCAAGUAUUGCAAAUACGCUGCAAGCAGACAAAUAAGCGUCGGCGUAAAUACGAAGCUUGCGGGUGAAUUGAUUAAAGUAUUUAUUGUCGCCGAUGAGCACGUGAGAAUUGUCAAGUAGCUGCCUGGAGAAAGAAAGAAAGAAAGCGUAAAAUUAAGAAGGGAGUAUACAGGCGAGUAGUGAAGCGAGUAGAGGAACGAGUAGAAGAUCUAGUAGGGGACUCUCGAGCAGUUAAGCGAGUUGAGGAGCGACUACUGCCAAUCCGUGCAACUUAAACAUCAGUGCAACGUUUAGUAUUUGUAUAUGCUAUAUAUUUGUGCUAGGAUCCCCAAGGACUCCACGCGGAUAAUAAGAGAAAUUGCAAUUUUUCCGCAUUUCAAGUUAUAAUAUACUCAAAGAGACCAAAUCAAGUGCGAGCUGACAAGUCGCGAAGCAUUGCGAACAUACAUACAAACUGAACUCAAACAGGCUUACCUCUACACCCCUUCUCGCUUGAAUGGAGACAGCUUAUAAGCACAUUAGUUAAAGACUAUCAACGCUUGUCGCAGCAACAAUUGCUGCUGGCUUAUGUUUAUGAAUUGCUGACGUUGGCAAGGUUGACAUUUGCAGCAAUAUUUGUGCAACAACAACAACAACAAAAUAUUAGUAGAGAAAAGAAACUCAACUAUAACAUAAGCGCAGACUGCAGACAGACGACGAAGUGUGAAUUGCUUUGGCGCGUGCUGCGCCGCCUCUCAAGUGUAUGAGUGGGCAGCAGUUGCUGUCUGAUUGCCUGGAAUAAUUCAAAGUCAAGUAGCGCCAAGUGUUGCCUGACAAUUCUACACGUCUGCAUAGCAUAGCAUAACACAACUAAGUAGCACACCAUUUUUGCUAUAAUGUUGCACUCACCACCGAAAUGUAUGCAACAAAUUGCAAUUCUAAUUAUAACGUUUGCCGUCUACGUGGCGGGCAUACGUAACACUGGCAGCACCGGCGAUGGUGACAGCAAAGCGCAAAUAGCGAGUGGCGGUGGCAACGCGGGUGCAAUUGCUGAUUAUGAGAGUUAUUCGGCACCAUACAAUGAAGACUUUCGACCCUCUCAACUGUUAUCCGAGGUAACAGAGGUAAUCUCAAUUGCCAACGACAAGAUUGAGCGUCGCCAAUCCAACGCUGAUAACACCAACUUUCGACCCUCACAAAUUAUCUCGUUUACGACUUCCGAUGCACAAUCAACGCUCAAGCCAUAUCCGCCCAGUUAUCUUGAACCCAACUAUCAUGCACAGCAUAUAAGUAAAGAAGCACCUUAUGGUUUAGCCGCUUACAAUAAAGACAAUAAGCAAUUCGCAUUUCCUCGUGAAACUGAAAAGGCGCCUGUUGCCGCAGCGUUAGUCAGCAAUAAUGCGAAUAUCGAAAAGUAUCUUUACAGCGGUGCUAAACAACAACAAACGACUACGCAGCAAACGCUUGUGCCCGCGCAAUUACACACUACACCCAUAUUGAUCUAUCGUGACCCUUACACUAAUAAGAUCAACACCAGCCAAAGGCAGCAGCAACUGCAGAACUAUCGUCCACCGCCACCGGAGCCGAUAUACCAACAAGCGCAAUAUGCCGAGGCAAGCAGACCGCAAGAAUACACCGUGCAAUCUAUGUUGGUUGUGGGUGCCGAGCACUCCUCGCCCAUAUAUAAUCAACAGCGACCACAAUUUGCCUUGGAGGGUGGUGAUAAUAAACGACCAGGAUAUGUAUUCGACGAGCAAGUGCGGCCAUCUUACAAUCGCCCGGUUUAUACUGGCAAUCGUUAUGAAGUUGACGCAACCUCACCACCGAUCAGUAUCGACUACAAUCGACGUGAUGGCGAAACGCAAACUGAACGCCCGUUCGAGGGUAAAUUGGGUGUAUCGCCAAGUGAAACUACCAAGAUUUCCUACGAUUCACAUGAUUACCCACCGCCCAGUUACUACAAACAGCAAACAUCGAAUUUCCAAUCACCGCAACGACAAGACAACAAACCAAAAUACCAACAGCCGCAAUCAGCAUAUGUAACGCAGACGACACCUACAGCGACAGCCAUUAAGACGGGCAGACCAGAGUUGACGUCUUCUAAUUAUGCAAACAAGUUUGGUAAUUAUUUGCAAGGCGGUAAAGGUGGUGAUGGUGGCUAUUAUAAGCGCCCACCGCCACAUUACAGCAAUGACAUUUUGUAUGUAACGCCAGCGCCACCAACAGCACCCGCACGGCCACCAAUAUCUGUACACCCAGGCGCAACUUACUUUCCGCAAGGCAAUGAGCCGAUAAGACGUCCACCAAACUACGACAAUAAUUACAAUCAGUAUCAAUUGGGCGAAAUACCGCCACCACAAACAUUGCAGUCAGCAUUGAGUAGCGGACCAAGACCACCACCACAGCAAUACCCAACACCACAACUCUACCCAUCCGGACCAAAUUACCAGCCAUCGCAAAGCUUUCCACCUUCACAGAAUUACGCACCUUCCGAAAACUAUGCACCUUCACAGAGCUACCCACCUCCACACCAAUACCCGCCGCCUCCCAGUUAUCGUCCACCACCACCGCAGUAUCAGCGUCCUCAGCAGCCUACAACUGGUGGUGCUGGUAUGGGCGGUUUGGCCACCUUAGCCUCAUUCUUUACCAGCACACAACAAUACGCACCACAGUUCACUAAUCUGCUCUUGGGCGGCAAUGGUGGUGGUGGUGGACUGCUGCAUGCUUUAACUGGUACUCGGCCGCUCGCUGGAGGUGGACGUCCACCGAACAUGCAACUCAUAAAAGCUUUGGAGAAUAUUGCACGCAAUGAUGACUUGGAAUGUGUGCCGAAGGUGCUGUGCAAUAUGAUUGCUAGUCAAACACAACGUGGACAAUUGCCCGGCUUCGUCACAUCGCCGGCGAUAACGAAUUUCCUUGCCGGUUUUCCUGCUCAAUCACCUGCGCUCAUUUAUGGACGUGCCGCUUUGCUGGGCAUCAGCGGUGGUGAGCGCAGUUGUACGCAGACCUAUGCGAAGUGUCCGAAGAAUGAGUACGAGAUUCUCUAUUACCUUAACAACCAUCGUGGUGGCUUCUUCAAAUUCUUCAGCGAAGCGGAAGAGCAAAAACCCAGCGCCGCACAACAAACACAAAGCUCAAGUAGUUCGGCUGGUACAUCGCUUUUCAGUCUACUGUCAGCACUAACAGGUGCCAAUGCACCAGUGACCACAACAACACCACGUCCAACACCGCCACCAACUGUUGCCAGUUUCGAUAUUACACAAGGCAUUGGCAAUUUCUUCAGCAAUAUACUUUCCGAAUAUAUUAGCGGUGUAGAAUAUCAACGCAGAAGCAGUCGUGCUAAGCGCGCCAUUAGUUUUGAUGAUGAAAGACCGAAAAGUGAAGAAGAACGCUUAAAAUUUCCAACAGAGGCAGAUUCGCAAGAUUUUCAUGAUGAAGAAGAUGAUGAGGAUACACAAGGCGGCGUGGACUUUGAUGAUGAUGAGCAUACAAAUGAAGCGAAUGACAGCGCUGAGUAUGGUGAUACGCAAGGACGUGUAGUGUUCAAAAGUGGCGAACACGACACACAUUUCUUUCCAGAAAAUGAAGCACGUGAAAUUGACGAGCGCCUGAAGGAUAUAUAUUUGCAGGAAGUGAUCAACAAGUUCAACGCGGUAAAAUCAGAGAGAAAGCUCAAGUUCCCCGCUGAAACAGAUUCUAAAGUCGAAGCGAGUGAGGCGUACGAUGAGGCUCUGCAUGCAGGCGUCCAAAACUACGGUUAUGAAAACGGAGGUCCCGCUAGCGUUGUAAAUUUUCGUGACGUCGAAAAUCCAAGUGGCUCAGGGUACUACAACGUAGAGCAAACUAGACCCACACGACGUGGCAAAGCUGUGGUUUUCGAAAACACCAACCACGACUACAAUUAUACGCCGUUACGUCAACAACGUGAGGAGUACGACGUUACUUAUGAAUCCCAAAGUGGCAGCCACGUAAUAUUUCCCGAUCACUACGAAAAACAUAUACGCAAGGGUAAAAUUUUGAACAAACCCAUAUUAUAUGCCUCCAAUUACGACGACUAUAUGCAAAAUGCGGAGGCUGAUCGUUUUGUUGUGUCCGAUAGUCACCGGCCGGAGUAUAAUAGUAACGCUAAUAAUGAAGAUAACAGUGUGAACUAUGAUGACAAACCCUUGGGUCCAAUCUAUAUUACUGCUACCUCAUCACAGCAACAAAAUACGCUAAGUAACACGAACGUGCAAGUGUACAACGAUAAUAGAUUGCACUACAAUCGUGGCGCCGAUACUUACACGCCCUCAAGACCUACCUCCUCCUAUGGCUUACACACUUCGUCAGCUGAUUACAAUAGCAAUCGUUACUCGGCGGCCAGCAGUUCUGCCAACCAUAAGAGGCGUCCUUACUCAAGUAAUAACUAUGAUUACCCAAAUAAAAAUUAUGUUAGCAAUAACCGUUAUGGCAGUCGGUAUCAGACGACACGCUAUACAACAACAACGCGUUCACCACGUGGCAGCGAUAAUGACCACAAUAUUUAUGUAACAAAUGCUCAGGGUGUCACCACGCAUUACAUAACGCCAAAUGGUCGCAAGGUGUAUUUAUAAAUAGUAUAUUUUAAUUAAACCCUACUAAACUGUUAAGAAUUAAUUAUAGAGUUUUAAGCUUGGCUUAUUAACUUAACCAAUAAGAGGCAUAAAUAUAUAUAUAUUUUAUAUUUUAAGGAAUUUGAAAUCGUCUUUGGUAUCUAAAUAACGAAAUUAUAUAGUAAUAUAAUAUAUGUAAUUAAAUACUAAAUUAUUUCUUAAGCACUCAGGUUGAGUUGCUCUUUGUACUAUGGGCUUUACUUAUAAUAGUUUUGUAAAAAAGUAUCUGUUUAGUAACAUUGCAC